AUGGAAUUAAUCAGAUCUUGUUUCGAAGGUGUUAUAAGAUAUUCCAAUAAUUUUAGGAGCACCACAGACCAAACAUCGCCAUCACAACAAUCAACCAGUAGCAAAUAUAAUGAAACAAUAACAGCUGAUGGAAGUAGUAACCAAGAUUCCGCAACAACAACAACAACAACAAUUAAUAUAAAAAAUAAUGAUAAUGCUAAUAUUAAUCAUAAUGUACAUAGUUUAAAUAGUAACAAUAGUUCAAUUUCAAAUGAAAAAAAUGGUAACAGUAGUGUAAAUGAUAAAGACUAUUCAGAAAAUAGUAGAAGUAUAAAUGACAGCAAUAAUGGAAAUAGUAAUAGUGAAAACCACAGUGAUAACAAUAGCAACAAUGAAGAUAAUGACAGUAAUGGUGAUAAUAGUAAUAAUCAACAAGAUGAAGAUGAUGAAAAUAAUAUAAAUAAAAACAAUAUAAAUGGCGCAACUGAAGAAAAUGAUAUAUUUUCAAUUAAUUUUUCAUCAUGGUCAAAGAAUAAACAAUUAUUAAUAGAGAAUGGCAAAGCUAUUUUUGAAGCAUCUGGUUUGGUUAAGGAUCUAAAUCUUACUGAUGUCACAGAAUUUUUAGAAAUUGUUUCAUGUUCCUAUAGAGAAAACCCAUUUCAUUCUUUUAAUCAUGCAAUUGCUGUGACCCAAACCGUAUUUUUAAUUUUUAUUAAAGCAAAUCUUUUAAAUAUUUUAACACCAAUCGAAAAAUUAUCAAUUAUAAUUGCAUCAAUUUGUCAUGAUUUGGACCAUCCAGCAUUAAGUAAUAAAUUUCAAAUUAAUAUUAAAAGUCCAAUAGCAGUGUUAUAUGAUAAUAAAUCAGUUUUAGAGAAUCAUCAUCUUUCAAUAUGUUUAAAAAUUCUAUCAAGCGAUGUAGGUUCAAAGUUAAUGGAAACACUAUCUGAAGAGGAAAAAGAAAUCUUUUUGAACAAAGUAAAAAUAUUGAUUUUGGCUACUGAUAUGGAGAACCACUUUUCUUACAAAUCUCAAUUUGAUGAAGCUAUACUAAACUUUAAUUGGGAAAAUACAGAACACCGUGAUUUAUUAUUAAUUAUGUUACUAAAAUCAGCAGAUAUUUCAAACGAAUUAAGAUCAUUCGAUAUUUCAAAUAAAUGGGCAAACGCAUUAAUGCAAGAGUUUUUUAAUCAAAGCGAUUUAGAAAAACUUAAUAACAUUCCUGUUACACCAUUUAUGGAACGUGAAAAAGUUGUUUUACAUUUAACUCAGGUAUCAUUCAUUGAAAAGUUCUUAUUACCUUCCUAUCAAUCACUACAAGUUUUAUUACCAUCGUUAGAAGAUUUUGUUACAAGAAUAAAAGAAAAUAAAGAAACAUGGUCAAACACUGGAAAUUAA